AACAGUGGACAUUUCCUGCUCUUACACAUAUCCCAGUUAUCAUGAGAUCAAACAAGCUUUCUGGUUUACUAAAUGGUCUGGUCUGGAGGCUGAAGAUCUGAGCUCAGUGCCAGGGUAUGAGGGUCAUAUAGAGUACCUUGGGGAUAAGGAGAGUGACUGUACCCUGAGAAUCACAGACCUGAGAUUGAGUGACUCUGCUGGGUUCAGGUUCAGAUUCAUAACAUCUGGAGGAAAGUUUUCUGGCUCACCUGUCUCUCUGACUGUCACAGAUGUUGUGUUGGAGAUGGAUCCUACAUCUGUGUCAGAGGGGGAGAGAGUCACACUGAGAUGUAGAACCAAAUGUACACUGGACCCCAUCACAGCCUACAGUUGGUAUAAGAAUGGACAGUCUCUACCAAACAGCAACACCUCCUCUCCUGUCUAUAUCCUGUUCUCAGUCAGCAGUGAGGAUACAGGCAGAUACUCCUGUUCUGUAGAAGGACAUGAGGAUCUCCCCUCUGCUGAAGAGACUCUCAUUGUCACAUAUGGCCCAAGGAACACCUCAGUGUCAGUCAGUCCCUCUGGUGAAAUAGUGGAGGGCAGUUCAGUGACUCUGACCUGCAGCAGUGAUGCCAACCCACCUGUGGACAAAUACACCUGGUACAAGAAGAACGUAACCUCACCAAAAGCAUCAGGACAGAGUUACAGCAUCACUAACAUCAUCUCUGAGGACAGAGGAGAAUAUUACUGUGAGGCCCAGAAUGGAAGAGGAUCUAAUAACUCUACAGCUCUGAUGAUCAUUGUAGCAGGGAAACAGACCUCAGUUCUAACUGCAGCUGUAGGAAUCAUAGUGGUUGUUCUGGGUGUCAUACUGGCUUCAUGUCUCUCUGGACUCAUGUGGUUCAGGAAGAAGGUCUCCAAAACCACCUCUGACACAAGACACACAGCAGGCAAUGGACAGGGAGACUCUAGUCCAGUGUAUGACAACAUCUCAGGCAUGGCCUUCACCUCUACUGCAGCACAGACAGCGGCCACCGUCGACCAGGAUGAUGUUCACUAUGCCAGUGAUGUUCACUCUCGCUUAAAAAACCAGGAAGUGCCUCUCUACUCCACCGUCCAGCUGCCUCAACCCCAGAAAGAGGAUGAGGAUGUCCAGUACGCUGCUUUGAAUUUCAACCUUCCCAGUGCUGCCACCUGGUCCACGGUGGUACAAGCAGCUGAGGAGGAUCCCUCUGUUCUCUACAGUACAGUCAACAAACCCAGAACCAAGAAACCUGACUCCGCCCACUUCUUCCCCGAAGUAGACCUGACUCCGCCCACCUCUUCCCCGAACCCUGACCCCGCCCACUUCUCCCCCGAAGUAGACCUGACUCCGCCCACCUCUUCCCCGAAGUAG